GAACACGCUAUGACGUCGUAGCCUGCUACAAUACAUGCAUCGUUGUGCGCGACCUCCAUGUUGACCGGCUGCGGACGCGCACAUAACGCGCUCCGUUUCGUCAACGGCUUAUCUGUGCAUGCUCAACGUGCCGAGAACACGAAGGGGACAUGUGUCCAGGGCUACAUCUAUGCGACUCCGCUCAUAUCCCCCGUUUCAUCACAGUUCAAGAUGCCCAACCACGAGCUGCGCACAGUGAAAUCGCACUCUAGGAAUCGGCCGUCGAAUCUUCCCGUACACUGGCUGUUUCGAAGUAACAUCCCUCGCCGACGCACCUCUUUCCUCCCCGCGGAUAUACAGAAGAGGAACUUUUUCGGCAUGGGAGAGAUAGUCGGCGUAUUGACUAACCCCGCGGAGACCGUCCGCUCACUCACCGAAUCCAAGCGGCUGCUCGAGGAUGCGCGUCGAGAGAUCGAAGAGAACAAGGAGCGCUCACAACUACGAGUCACGCACACCUUCUCGCGGUACCCAGGGUUCUUUCCACGGCGGGCUGAAAUGCGUAUCCUCAACCAGAUUCUCGAAGGGGAGCCUGCUUUCACUGUGUUAUUUGGCUCAAGCUCUGUGGGCAAGACGGCUUUGUUGCGUGAGGUUCUCUGUGGGGACAAGUACCAUGUCUUGCACUUCGACUUGCGUAUCGCCGGAUUCGCAGAUUUGCCCAGCUUGUACAUGAGCUUGAGCCAGCAGAUGCAGCAGUACUUCGAAGAAGUGGGACAGAUGCCUGGCUACGACGAUUUUGAGAAAGAAGCUUGGGGAUUCAAGCACGAUCGUUUGAACGUGGAACGAAGAAUGGCCGAGAUGCCAGUCGGGACCGACGGACGCAAUAUCAGGACCAGUGAUAUCGCUCGCUUGAUGGAAUUGUUCCAAAGUUCUUUGCUGAAGUAUCGCGAGUUCGAGCCCGCAGACGAAGUCCCGGUCAAGAAGCGCGAAUCCAAGACAGAAGAGAAACCACCCCGCCGGCGAUUUUGGUUUCGGAAAAGCAAGGCUAACGAUGUCAGGAGCAUACCGUCUGAGAAGGAGCCGAGCGACAAGCCACCGGCAAAGAAGAUUCCAGUGAUCUUUUUCGACGAGGCGCAUCGCCUACCGUCCCUUGUUCAAUCAAUGGAGACCAUGAAGUGCCUGCUGGACGCAAUGCUCGUUCUUACGAAACAAGAUCGGCUAUGUCACGUCAUCCACGCCACAAGCGACCCAUUCUACCAGACUUGGCUUCGUCAGCUGAACAUCAUGCAGCAUUGCAAGAUAAUCACCAUCGGUGACUGCUCUAGAGCGGAGACACGCGAAUACUUCAACGAGCGAAUCCUGCCCAGAGUGCCGCGGCGGCUUGGUAUGCGGCUGGAUUUUGACCGGCUGUACGAAGCUUUUGGCGGGAAAUUGGCUCACUGGCAUGACUAUUGCACCGAUUUUAUCAAUUCCAAUGGGACCUUGGACAUCAAACAAAGUUCUCAUUUCCUACAAGCACAUGCGUUGCUCAACCUCCAUCUGAUCCAUUCAUCUCAGUCCGUCACAUCCAAGUCUACAAAGGAGGAAUCUCGGAUGUCGCGGGGCGCGCCCUCUGGAUUUCGGAUAUACUCACCCAUCAGCCACCCGUACGGUCCCAACGACAGCCCGGCUUCGGGAGACUACAAGGCAGACUUCACCGCUGUGGAAUUGCUGAAAGUGAUCAACCACCUCGUUGAGCCGACGGUGCAGUACAUCCCGUACUUCCCACUCUGCCGCGAGCUCAGUGUCCGAUCUGUGGAUGGCAUGGUGAAAGGGCGCGUGCUUGACCUUCGCUGGACGGAAUGCGUGACGGAUGAAUAUGCGUAUGAGGAGGCCCGGACGGCUCACAAUCGGCGCAACACGAGCAGCGACACUGCCGUCGACAACGACCAAGCUUCCGAAACAGGGGACAGCGAUAUACUUCCUGCAUCUCAGUAUUCGAAAGACGGACCGGAGGUCGUCGGAUGCAAGCUGGUUCCUUCGCCCAUCAUGCGAUACGCCAUGCGUGAAGUGGCCCAAGAAUAUGACGAAUCGGACCAGAAAACAAUGUCGGAUUACAGGUCUUUGUCGGACGUAGAAGUGGAGGAGUAUUGAUUGACUUAUACGAGAGCCUAUUUCCUACUUGUACCUAUGUAAAUACUUCGUAUUGAGGGCACAUCGGAACUACAUGAUACUUUCGGCUCACAUCGGCCGAGCGUGCUUAAUCUCAUACUGCCAUGACCAGAAUCAAUCCUCCCCCACCGGUGCCGGCGCUCCAAAGCCCUGUUUGGCGUCCUGGCGAUAACGCACCUGCAGUGCCCGAGUCUCCAGACACGGUGUACAGAGAAGAUAUCCUCGCCGCAAUCGAAAGCAGCCUGAAGGGUCUGGACGGGGAAUUGAGGGAACUAAGCAUCGACAUCCACGGUACGUGCGGAUUAUCCACUCCCAUUUCCGACGCGACGACUGUCUUACACUGCCUGCGCAGACCACCCCGAGCUGGGCUUCGAAGAGCACCGCACCCAUGACGUAUUGACCGCGUUCAUGGAGCGUCAUGGGUUCGAGGUGACGCGGCACUACUACCUCGAGACUGCGUGGAGAGCGGCGUUCUCCAGCGGGAAGGGCGGGCGGACUGUGGGAGUCAAUUCCGAGGUGCAUGAGGUUCCCUCCGUGUUCUUGAAGCCGCCACUCACACACGCGAUGCAGAUGGACGCCUUGCCUGUUAGUGCUCUGCUCAACCUAUACCUCUCUGGUGCCGAUGUGCAGAAUUCAGGGCAUCGGCCACGGCUGCGGGCACAACCUGAUCGCGAUCUCCGGCGUUGCGGUGGCGUGCGCCAUCAAAGCGGUGUUUGAGCAGUUCGGGAUUAACGGCACGGUCGUGCUGCUUGGGACACCAGGUCGGUCUGUCCGCGUUUCGGAGCAGGGGCGACGCUGAGUUGGCGCUGCAGCCGAAGAAGGAGGGAAUGGGAAGGUCAAGCUUCUGGACCGCGGCGCUUACGAGGAUAUGGCGGUGUGCUUGAUGACCCAUCCUGCGCCCGGUCCGAAGGCGUCCGUCAGUUUGAGCAGUUGCCUGGCUCUGGAGCGACUUGAGAUCGAAUAUUUUGGUCACACCGCGCAUGCUGCGUUGUCUCCUUGGGAGGGCCGAAACGCUCUGGACGCCGCGGUGCUCGGAUACAACAACAUCUCUGCUCUGCGUCAGCAGCUGAAGCCGACGCACCGUGUUCAUGGGAUAUUCGAAGGGAAAAAGUGGGCUCCCAAUGUCAUUCCAGACUAUGCCAAGUUCAACUGCUACGUCCGGGCGCCCACGUUGGCGGAGAUGAAAGAGACGUUGAACCGUGUUCUCCCUUGCUUCGAAGCCGCAGCGUUGGCUUCGGGAUGCACCCAUAAGGUAGCGCUGACCGGAACAGCGAACGAUCUGCGGCAGAACAAGGCGCUUGGUGAGGAACUUGCACACAUCAUUCGCAGCAAGUACGGCAGCAUCGACUACGAAUGGGGCAUCAAGAAUGCAUCGACGGAUUUCGGAAACAUCUCAUAUGCACUGCCAUCGCUGCAUCCUGGUUACGCGAUUCCGACUGUUCCAGAUGGGGGCAACCAUACAGUGGCAUUCACGAAUGCCGCGGCGACCAUCGAAGCCCAUUACGCGUGUUUGGACGUUUCGAAGGCCCUAGCUGCUGUCGGGGUGCGAGUGGUCAUCGAUGACCAUUUCUAUGCUGAGGUCCAGAAGACAUUCGAAGAGGACAAAAUCGCGCGUCUGUUGUAGUGGCGCGGCGUCAGACAGUGUUUACAUUGUGUAGUUAUCGUGCCAUGCGAAGUACUUGUACGAGCUCCGGCAAGCUAUGGAAGCUUGGUAAAUUAAUGCAUGGUGUGCAGCUAUGUAUGUAAGUGAUCCGAAAGCCACUCAGUCACCUGUCGGUCAACUGGGCCCACUCUCGAUUCUGUUCGCUUCGAGAAAGUCCUUGGUACACAGGGUGUGCUACUUAUAGCAGCAGACGAGGCAUUGAAGCUCGUUACUGACAAUGAAACAAGCUGUCCUCGCUCUUGUCCUACUGGCCGCCACCAGCAUCGGCCUAGCCAGCAAAUGCCCUCGCCAUUGCGCGGAAAACAUCACCGAUGAGAUCGGUGAUGGCAAGACCAUGAACUUCAAACUCACCGUGGAAUCCGUUGACGAGGAGGGCAUCUAUUUCUGCGGGUACGAGGAGACGGGCGUUGACCCCAAACAUGUGCACGAGGGAUUCUGCAGCUACAACAAACACGGCCAUCUCACGGAGAACGACGACGAUCUCCACAGCUGUCCUCCGUGGAUCAAAAAAGAGAAGGGAUGCAAGUGAUCGUCGCUGGAUGCUCUGGGAUCUUUUACUCUGCCGAACAGAUGCGAGACAUUGUCAGUAGACGACUUGGAUUAUAACCCGCGAGUGUUGCAAAUAAAGAAAGUUGCCAUCCAGAA